ACACACGGCCCUUACGAGUUCUGCCAGCCAUCUUAUCAGGACCCUCCCCCAGCACAGCACACAGGCCACAUCUGUCCCACUGUUCCCGGCCGGUCGGUCCUACAGUGUGCAGAAGGCGGGUCACAUGCAGAUAGGGCCCUUUAAAGGCCCACCACCCCAGUUGGCUCUUGCCUUCUGCCAUCUGACCUGCCAGCUGCCACCCACACCAGCUGUACCAGACACCAUGGAGAAGGUCCUUGUGCUUCUGCUUGUGGCCCUGGUUGCGGUAGCCUAUGCAGCUCCCGGACCCCGGGGACUUCUCAUUAACCUGGACGACGGUGAGAUCUGCUUGAACAGCAUGCAGUGUAACAGCAAGUGCUGCCAGCACGACACCAUCCUGGGCAUCGCCCGUUGCACACACAAGGCCAUGGAGAACAGCGAGUGCUCGCCGAAGACCGUGUACGGGGUUUACUACAGGUGUCCCUGUGAGCGGGGCCUGAGCUGUGAGGGGGACAAGACCAUCCUCGGCGCCAUCACCAACACCAACUACGGCAUCUGCCUUGAUGUUGGGCGCUCCAAAGAGUGAGCCCAUGCAGUAAGGCCACCUCUCCCCUCCUCCUCCUCCAUCUGUCCCACCUGAGCCAGCUGUUGGCAAUUAAAGCGCACCUGCAACCUU